GAGAAACAGAAGGAGAGGGAGAAAGAGAGGGAGUUAGUAAGUUUACCUGUUGAGAGAGGGAGAAGCCAGGGAGAGAGAAAGACAGAGAGUUAUUAGUUAGUUUACCUGUUGAGAGAGGGAGAAGCCAGGGAGAGAGAAAGAUAGAGAGUUAUUAGUUAGUUUACCUGUUGAGAGAGGGAGAAGCCAGGGAGAGAGAAAGAUAGAGAGUUAUUAGUUAGUUUACCUGUUGAGAGAGGGAGAAGCCAGGGAGAGAGAAAGAUAGAGAGUUAUUAGUUAGUUUACCUGUUGAGAGAGGGAGAAGCCAGGGAGAGAGAAAGAUAGAGAGUUAUUAGUUAGUUUACCUGUUGAGAGAGGGAGAAGCCAGGGAGAGAGAAAGACAGAGAGUUAUUAGUUAGUUUACCUGUUGAGAGAGGGAGAAGCCAGGGAGAGAGAAAGACAGAGAGUUAUUAGUUAGUUUACCUGUUGAGAGAGGGAGAACCCAGGGAGAGAGAGUUAAUAUGUUAAUAUCCACCUUCUAUUAGUCGUUAAUGUCUGGCAUCUUUUGACGUUCUUGUGACAAUUUACACCACUGUCUUGUAAUGUUAAAUCAACUGUUCAUGUUUCAUGUGUCUCUUCUAGUUGUUGUCAUUCUAUAAUCCCAGAGUUUCAUUUUGGGGCGGAGCUUUGUGUCUGAGAGCCAACCACACAGAGCAGAAUCAGGUCAGUCUGCUGGAGAGGACCUGAAAAAAACCAGGCACAGAGCACAGCAGGAGGAUAGUUGACUGACUGAACAAGCAGCAUGUCUAAACCAUCGUCCAACGUCAAAGCCCUGCAGGCAAAUCUAAAUAUUCCGAUGGGAGCGCUGCGUCCAGGUGCGGGACAUCCUGUCAAGAGGAGAGAGGAUACUGUAGACACAGAGGAGGCUCCUCCCCCAGACCCCCUGCAGGAAGCCACGGCCCUGUCGCCAGAGGAGAAGAAGCCAUUGCCAGGAUCGAUGAAGCUUCCUGGUCCAGCAGUCAACCUAUCAGAGCUGCAGAACGUCAAGAGUGAACUACGAUGGGUCACCAAGGACUAACACACACACUGCGGUGUGUCCCAACUUCUCCUCCAGUACUGAAUCAGGUGUGCUUGUCCAGGGAUAAAAUAAAAUGUGUACUGUUGGGGAUACUCAAGGAGUACUACAGGUUUCUCAUCAGACCCACACCCACCCUGCAUCUUCUACUGAUGGACUACAACUACCACACCCACCCGGCAUCUUCUUCUGAUGGACUACAACUACCACACCCACCCUGCAUCUUCUACUGAUGAAAUAUAAGAUUGACCCUGCAUCUUCUACUGAUGAAAUAUAAGUUUGCCCUGCAUCUUCUACUGAUGAACUACAAAUACCAGACUCAACAUAAAUCAUCAACUGAUAGACGACAACUAUACCAGACUACACCUAACCCUAUCAGCUACAGACAACUAUACCAGACUACACUAAACCCUAUCAGCUACAGACAACUAUACCAGACUACAACUAACCCUAUCAGCUACAGACAACUAUACCAGACUACACCUAACCCUAUCAGCUACAGACAACUCCACCAGACGAGUGACCUGCAAUAGGCCAUCUACUUCAACAAACCCAUAACUGGUUUAAUUUCCCAUGCAGUGAAGUUAGGGUUAGGGAUAGACUGAAUUGAAGUGAACUAAAUUUAACAAUAAUACAUCCAGCCCUGGUAGCUAUAGGUCUCUGUGUUACCUCAUAUAGAAAAGACUACAACCAGACUAGUUAUAGGUUUUGUUUGUAAAUUCACUCUGGAGUGCAAGAGUGCAGAAUUAGUCAGAAUUAUCUUUCAGAGCGUUUCACUCUUGGACUAAUCAGAGCUCACACUGGACACUGGCGGUUAAUCAGGGCGUUCUGACCUAACAACGGCUGUCAAGCACACAAGAUAACUGGCAAAAGUUGACUCGCUUGCUAGCUACUUCCAGACACAAAUGAAACAACACCUCACUCUGACCAUUCACCAUAGCAGAGUUGGUUAGGAUGUUUUCAUGUUAUCCAGAGCAUUGGUGACUGUAAUUGUGCUGCUGACAACAAUAUAUUUAAAUUUCUUUGCCAACGUUUACUGACACCGAUCAUAUUCAAUGGGUGCUCGUAAAUUAAUCAGUUAUUUUGGACUCUGGUAAACUCAGACGAUGAGUGCUCUGGAAUAGGAUUAGAUAGUCAGAGUGAAUUUUCUAACGCACCAAUAGACAUCAUAACAUUGCAGCUCUGUUAUAGCUCUGCUACCUUUUACAUCUUUAACUGUCAAUGUGAACAAGACACAAUCUGGAGAAUGUAUCUGGUGGACUGAUGUCAUCAGAAUGUGUAUGGUGGGUUGUGAUGUCAUCAGAAUGUGUAUGGUGGGUUGUGAUGACAUCAGAAUGUAUUCGGUGGAUUGUGAUGACAUCAGAAUAUUGUGAUGUUUUAAUUGUUUGAAAUUCCCUUAUAAUCAAAAUGGUUUCUAGGAGAUGAUGGAUUCCUUAGCAACUGUUGCAAUAAAUUAUAUAUUGAUUCUA